AGACCAAAAGUAAGAAAAAAAAAAAAAAAAAUUCGAAACUUACUCUCUCUGUCUUUUGUCUUCUCGCUGGUAUUUCUCUCCCUUCUCUUAAACGAACGAACGACUUUUAACACUUUGAAUUGGAAGCAGAAAGGACUACCUCUGUUGUUUGUUGAGAGUUUGAGAGCCUGGAGUUCCUUACUCCUUGUUUGCUGAUUUAUGGGAGUAGCAUAAUUUCGCUGUUUCACCUUUUUUCUGGGGAGCCGGACGUUCAAGAUCUCUCACGCUUCUUCGAGUUCCUGAUCACCAUCUCCGUGUUUCUAAUUCCGUUGAGCUGCUACACCGAUUUUAUUAAAGAAAGGACAACCUUUGUUGUUUCUUGAGAGUUUGGAGGUCCUUACUCCUUAUUUGCUGAUUUAUGGGAGUAGCAUAAUUUCGCUGUUUCACCUUUUUUCUCGGGAGCCGGACUUUCAAGAUCUAUCACGGUUCAUCGAGUUCCUGAUCACCAUCUCCGUGUUUCUAAUUUCGUUGAGCUGCUACACCGAUUUUAUUAAAGCACAGAUAUGGGUGACAUAUUAGGUGGUGUACUAGCUGAGGUGUACAAAGAUGGGAGAAGGGUUGUUGGUCUCAUCAAUGACCAAUUUGAUUAUGCAAGGGAUCUGGAAGACAACCAUAAAAGGUUAAAAGAGGCAGCAGCGAAGGUGUCUGCUAGGAGGAAUGAUAUAGAGAAUGUAGCAAAGAGAGACAAGACAAAACAGUUAACAGAAGAAUGCAAAUGUUGGAUUGAUAGGGUCAAAGAGGCUGAAAAAGAAGUGAAAAUUCUAGAAACCGACUAUGAGAAGAAGUACAAAAACAAAGAUCGGAAUUGUUGUGAUCCAGUGUUUCCUGCUCAGGAACGUGUAGAACUUAGCCAACAAAUGACAAAGAAGUGCACGGAACUACAAAAACUUUUCUCAGAAGGAAAUUUAACAUUAGUUGAAAAACCGCCAGAACGUGUGAUACUUAGGAAUGCACCAAAAAUAAAAGACAAUUCAUCACCCCACCUAGCUGUCAAGGAAAUACUAGGCCACCUAAGAAAUCUGAAUGUAAGAAAAGUUGGACUUCUCGGAACUGUGGGAGUCGGAAAAACAGCCAUAAUGCAGAACGUGAAUAAUAAUGCUGAUGUUGCUGGAAUGUUUGAUAUUGUCAUUUGGUUAGAUGUAUCAAAGUAUUUGAGCAUAGAAAAGUUGCAACGUGCAAUUACGCAACGGCUCAAAUUGAAUGUGGAAGAUAUCACUGACCCUGAUGAAAUUGCUGAGCGAAUACAUAAAGAGUUGGAAGGCCAAAGAUACCUACUUCUUUUGGAUGAAGUCUGCGAAGUUUUGGAUCUACAUAAGAUAGGAAUCAAAAGCAUCGAAAAUCGUAGUAAGGUGGUAUUGGCAACUAGAUCUUAUUCCAUUUGUUAUGAGAUGGACACAGAUCGGGAAGUUGAAGUGCAACGGUUGUCUAAAAAAGAUGCAUUUGAUAUGUUCAAGGAAAAACUGGGUGAAACUGUAAAUCUUUCAGGUAUUAAACCGACAGUCGAAAAAGUUGUUGAUGAGUGUUCUUCUUUGCCAUUCUUGAUAGAAAAGAUAGCAUUAGCCUGUAGAAGUUAUGAACAAAACUAUUACUUGUGGAAGGCUGGACUAAGUACACUGCAAUCGCUCAAUACCGAAGUCAAAGAAAGGGAUGAAGUGAUUGGGUUCUUAGAGUUUUGUUAUAAUCAAUUAGGUGAUGAGGAGAAAAAGUUUUGCUUUCUGUAUGGUGCAUUAUAUCCCGGAGAUUGUGAGAUAUAUAUAGAUCAUUUGUUGGAAUGUUGGAAAGCUGAAAAUUUUAUUCGUGAUGCAAAUGAGUUCAGAGUUGCACGCCAGGAAGGGUGGAAAAUAUUGAAUGACCUUAUCCUAUCGUCCUUGCUAGAGAGGAGUGAAAAGGUGAAUCAUGUAAUGAUGAACAAAGUAGUGCGGAGAAUGGCCAAUAAAGUAUCCAAAGAAAAAAUUUUGGUAAAAGCUGGUGAGCAGCUGCAAGAGGCCCCCAAGGAGGCGGAAUGGCAGCAGGCAGUUAGAAUCUCCUUGAUGGAUAAUAAAUUGUGCACUUUACCGAAAAAGCCAUGUUGCUGUAGUCUUUCAACAUUGUUCUUACAAAGAAAUCUUCCUUUGAAAGUAAUUCCCGAGUCAUUCUUUGAACUCAUGCAAGAGUUAAGAGUUCUAGACUUACAUGACACUAGAAUUACAUCAUUACCAUCUUCGAUAUCUAGCUUGACACGUCUCAAAGCGCUUUAUCUGAAUUCUUGCAAGUGUUUGAGGAAACUCCCAACUGAAAUAAAAAAACUUGAAUGCCUUGAGAUACUUGAUAUUCGAGGUACUGAGAUUAAUUUUAUACCAAUUGAGAUUCGAGGUUUGACUGGGUUGAAGUGUUUACGUCUUUCAUUAUCAGAUGUUGGCAGGGGGCAGUCAAGUGAUGCAGAAUUUGGUAAAGAUGUCUUAUCAACACUUUCCUCAUUGGAAGAACUAAGAAUCAUUGUAGAUAAUGAUUUUCUACAAUUGGGGACUGUUAUGAAGGCUAUUAUUCUGGAGGUGGCUUCCUUGAAACACUUAACUUCACUUUCAAUUUGCUUUCCCGGAGUGGAUGAUCUUGCGGAGUUUAUUUCAGAGUUCCCUCAAUGGAAGAAUGAUGACUUCGAAUUCCAAUUUUCUGUUGGUUCCCACGACCACACCAGGUAUAAAAUUUUUGAUAAUUCGAAAUAUCAGAUGAGGGGGUGUUUGAAGUUUGCAAAUGGUGAAGGUGUACCUAAUGCAAUUCCAACGGUUCUUGCACGAAGCGAUGCAUUUGAAUUGACUGGCCACAAGGGAGCUUCAAAACUAUCAGAUUUUUUUGGUGUUGAUAACAUUGACAAGAUGCAUGGUUGUUGGAUUGAAGGGUGCCAUGAAAUUGAAACUCUUGUUGAUGGUAAUAGUAUAACGAACAGUGCAUUAACAGGGUUAGAAGAGAUGCACAUUAAUUCUGCUGACAAAUUGACAAGUAUUUGGGAAGGAGUUUUUCAUACUGGAAGCCUAGCCCAACUAAAGACUCUAACUUUAUGCAAAUGUUCGAGUUUAAGGAAGAUCUUCUCCAACGGCAUGAUUGCACAACUCUCUGGACUUCAAAACUUAAAAGUUGAAGAGUGUUCUGAAAUCGAAGAGAUAAUUAUGGAGUCUGAAAACAGACGUCUGGAACCUGAUGUGCUUCCAAAUUUGAAGACACUAGUACUGCUUAAUCUUCGAAAAGUAAGAAGCAUUUGGAUUAAUGACUCAAUAAAGUGGUCAUCUUUGGAGAAGAUUAAGAUAUCUAUGUGUGAGUUAUUGACAAAAUUGCCCUUCAACAAUGAGAAUGCAAUCAAUUUGGAUUGUAUUGAAGUUGAACAAUCAUGGUGGGAUGCAUUGGCAUGGCAAGAACCUGCCAUUAAAACAAGACUACAAUCUAAAUGCCUCUUCAAGUGCUAGUGGUUUUGGUUUUCAUCCUUCUCGACGACUUGGUAGUAGGAAUGUCAUUGAAGGUCCUUAUGUUCUUUCCGUUUCAAGGUGUAUUAUAUGCCUAUUAUCUUGGCAUGUGUUUGAAACCUGAAUUUAUGAUAUAUAUAGCAGAUCGGGAUCCUUCUAGCUGGACAGUGUGAGGGAAUUUGGAAUCUUUUGGCGCGAGCUCGUGAUAAUUUGCUAAGGUGUCUCAGUAUUUCAGUUUAUGGAGCAGCAGACAUGUUUAUGUUUUUGAUUUACUUAAAAUGAUUGUUCUUGGAGACCUCUUGUUUCGCUGGGGAUUUGAGAAUUUGUUGGAAUUGUUAUUGUGGUCUUUUAUCCUAUGGAGUUCUUGUUAUUAUUUUA